AUGCAAGGAGUAAAUAUCUGGAAAAACCUCGACGAGUGUGCCUUCUAUGAGAACACGAUCAUCUUGGAGUUGCUAGAUCGGUCACAGGAAGAAUCGCCGACCAAUAUUGUUAAAGCGGAACGCAGAAGUAAUCCUAAUAACACUAAUGAAGUUACCGAAUGGUUCUGCGACUUCUUGGACGAUUUUGCGCUCAUUGCGGCCGGCCCCGGUGGAGCGUCUAACGUGACGGCUGCCUGCCUAGAAAGAGAAGAGCUGCCAACGAGGACUCUCACGGUCCGAGUGGCAAAGAAUGAAUCAUUCAAACCUUCAGAGAUACAAUAUCUCGAGGGAAUCAUGACAAUCGUGAACAAAGUCAGAAAUGGAGAUAUGCAAAUCCAGAAUGCCCAGGACGAGUGCUCAGAAGCAGUUUUGAGACACUGUGGCGCUCGUGUGAAGAGAUAUAUCACGUCGCUCAAAGAACAUCUUGAUUCUAUUGGCAUGGAAUUUCUGACACGAAAUCUUAUGCCACACCCAGUGUACAGAACUUCCAAUCCUCAUCGCGAAUCAAAGGAGGACGAAGGGAGACUGGGAGCAUAUUGUGUAGAUACACACCUUGACUAUAUGCGACUUUCAUACGAACGUUGGAAGGAUAUGGUUGACCUGGUAUAUCGAAUCUGUUCUGCAGAAGAUCAGCAAUCAGUGCAUUCUCUCGCAGGAUUGACGUACCAAGUACGCCAAUCUUCAUCCUUUCGAUACCUUCUUGAGUCCACAGUUCACAACCAUUCCAACGUUGUGGCGAAAGUGGUGGAGAGAAUUGGAAAGAUCUCCAAAUUCUAUCGCAGUGCAGUCACCCUUGUUCGAGUUGCCGCCAAACAUUGCCAGGACAUAGACCGCUUUCGUUUCAGGACCCUUGCGUCUCAAAAGCGAGCCAUCAAUGUGUUAUCUGUCAGUAAUCUCAACAACUUGAUAAGUCGCGUCCCGCCGGCUUCAAGAGGGAGACUUCAAACCCAGGCCGGAAAUGCCCAGCGACUCUUGAGACGUUGGAGGCAUUAUGUAUUGCACGCAGAAAUGCAGCUGCUCCUCUUCUAUGAGACGCAGCCAGAAAUCCAAUUAGCUGAUAACUAUAUUGGUAUCAGCAAAAGGUCUUGUUACCUUUGCGCAACAUUCAUUCGUUUUCACGGAAAAUUCAUCAUGGAAGGUGUCCACCAACAACUGUAUUGCCUGUGGACCAUUCCUUCCACGAUUGCAUUUCGAGACACGAUGCGAGAAAACCACUUCCUGACCGCCUUGAGCAAUCUCUGUGAGAAUGUAAAUUCCAAGGUCAAGGCCAUAUCAGCUCGACAUUACUCACAGUACCCUUUUCAUGGGGAAUCUAUAGCCAAUUUCUCCCGUGAUAGCCUGUUGAGCACCGUGAAAACGGCCAGAACGCUGAUCUCAGGCAUCCCACUAGCCCCGAGCACGGUCCAGAAUACGCUCGAUACCUUACUUCGUAAUGGACCUGCUGCGGUCGAUCUGCAGCGGUCUUCACACCAAGAUAACGAAGAAAGGUCUAAUACCACCGCUGAUGUGCCCCCAUCGGAAGAGCAGACAGUCGAAACACGACCGGAUAAGAUUCCUUCCACAGAGACAAAGCUUAAUGACGACAACGUCUUCGAAGAAUACGCAGCUCGCCAGUUUGAGAAAUUCCCCGGAAUGCCUAACCGAGUUGAGCAUUCCUUGCAAACUUCAACUUUGAGGACAGAAAACAAAUCGUUCCGCUGCAGCGAAUCCAUGGGUGAUUUGCAACUUUCUAUUGAUGCGGUGCAGCCAUCUCAGGUCUCUGAAAGUGAUUUGUCUCAGGUUAUCGUUGAAAAGAGCUCGAAAGAGAACGACGGCAGCGUACACAAGCGGAAACUGAGCAACAUGUGA